GGCUUUAUUGGAGAAUAUGGCAUAUGGAUCUUGUUCAGUCUGCAGUCCUGUACAGCGUGAUGACCCUCAUCAGUACCUAUCUCGUGGCUUUUGCAUAUAAAAACGUCAAGUUUGUCCUCAAACACAAAGUAGCCCAGAAAAGAGAAGAUGCAGUUUCCAAGGAGGUGACUCGCAAGCUGUCUGAGGCAGACAACAGGAAGAUGUCCCGCAAGGAGAAGGAUGAAAGGAUUCUGUGGAAGAAAAAUGAAGUUGCAGACUAUGAAGCAACAACUUUCUCCAUCUUCUACAACAACACCCUCUUUCUGGUGCUGGUUAUCAUUGCUUCCUUUUUCGUGCUGAAGAACUUCAACCCCACUGUAAACUACAUCCUUUCUAUCAGUGCUUCCUCAGGACUGAUUGCUCUGCUGUCCACAGGAUCCAAGUAGACACAGAACCCUCAGCAGUUCCUGAGAGAGGCUUCAGCUGCCAUGAAAAUGCCUAAGGGUGGAAUAGGAAUAUUUUUUGGUUUUUAGCAUGAGGAAAACGUGGGGAGGGUUUGAAUCCAAAAUGGUUGAAUUGUAUUUACUUUUGGUAUCUUUACAUGGUAUUUGAUAUUGGAAUUACUCAGUUUUGGGUUUUUUUUACUUAGCAUGGAGAGGGGGUGUGAGCUGUGAGCAGACAUCACCUUUCUGCAGCUCCGCCCUGGGGACAAUCCAUUUAUCAUUGUAACUUGAAAAAUUGUAAUUAAAAAGAUCUUUUUUUGCCAUUUGA